AUGAGUGGCUUUGGAAAGCGUGGCAAUGAUGGUCACGAAAACUAUAUCGUGAACCAUCAAGUUGCUCUUCCAGUUCCAUAUAAUCAUGGGGAUGGACAUGAGUUUAGCGUGAACGAGCCGGUGACCUAUGGUUUCCCUCAAUCUUCUUUCAACUCUUAUACUUCACACUUCACUUCUCCUUAUAAUCACCCAGUUUUAGCACCAUCCCAUAUGCAUCAUCUCUCUCCACACCAUUCACCGAAUCACUCUAUCCCAUCAACACUGGAAGUUACGGCUCUGCAGCACCAAUCAGUGCAGUACAUGGCCCAUAAUCGUUAUCUUCAGACAUCAAGGUAUCUGCCUCUUCGUGAAGCUCUCAGUGAGACCGACAUUGAAAGUCAGGAUUCUCGAAAUGAAAAUACGAUGCUAUCAGAGCCAGUGAUUCCUCCACUGGACGGGUUCCCAAAUGUAAGGGAAUUUGACCAACUGAUGAAAAGGUAG